AUGGCCAGCGUACUUCAUAUAGUGCUUCUACCAUGGUCAGCCUUCGGCCACUUGCUUCCGUUUUUCGAGCUCUCCAAAUGCUUAGCUCUCAAGGGCCUAAAAGUAUCAUAUGUUUCCACCCCCGGAAACCUGAAAAGGCUGCCGCCAGUUCCUUCAAACUUAGAAAAACUGAUAAAUCUUGUGCAACUUCCUUUACUCUCAGAAGGGAAACUUCCCGAGAAUGCAGAGGCCACCAUUGACAUGCCAUUGGAGAAAGUCCAAUAUCUGAAGAAAGCAUAUGAUGGCCUUAAGGACCUCUUCGAGAAAGUCGUCGUUCAUGGCUCCCCAGAUUGGAUAGUCCACGAUUUCGUUCCCUCUUGGGUACUAGAAAUUGCAGACAAAUACAGAGUGCCAACUGUGUUCUUUAGUGUGUUUUCUGCUGCCACUCUUGCCUUUCUAGGUCCUCCUGAGCAUCUGCAGUCCAGAACAUCCCCAAAAGACUUUGCAUACGCCCCCCAAUGGUUUACCUUCCCCACAUCCAUCAAGUACACCAACCAUGAAGCAGUUUCCUUAUGCAGUUCUCUCAAUCAGAUUGAUGCUUCUGGUAGGAGUAGCGCAGAGCGCCUUCAGGCGGCAAUCAGAGGUUGCAAGUUUGUUGCCAUAAGAACUUGCAGAGAGUUUGAAUGUAGAUAUGUAGAUCUCCUUAACCAACUCUACAAGAAACCAGUAGUCCCGGUUGGCAUACUUCCAACAUUGGUAGAAAGAAGAACUAAUAGUAGUACUGAAGACACUCUGGUGAAUAGAACUUUUAGGUGGUUGGACAAGCAAAGACCAGGAACAGUUCUGUUUGUUGGAUUUGGAAGUGAAUAUAGAAUGACUAGAGAAGAGAUUCAAGAGUUAGCUUACGGGCUAGAGCUUUCUGGGCUGCACUUCAUUUGGGUUUUAAGGAAACCGCCAUAUGUGAACGAUGAGAAUGGUGUGCUGCCAAAUGGGUUCGAGGAAAGGACCAGGAGCCAUGGGGUAAUUUGCAUUAACGGCUGGGUGCCACAGGUGGAGAUUCUGGCACAUAAAGCCAUUGGGGGGUGCCUGUUUCACUCUGGAUGGGGAACCAUAAUAGAGUCCCUGCAGUUUGGGCAUGCAAUGAUACUGCUGCCCAUGAUGGCAGAUCAAGGACUGAAUGCGAGAUUGCUGGUUGAGAAGGGAAUUGGAGUUGAAGUGGAAAGAAAGGAAGAUGGGACUUUUACUAGAGAGGGAAUGGCCAAAGCCGUGAGAUACGUAAUGGUGGAGGACGAGGGAAAAGUCUUCAGAGUUAGAGCAAGGCAGAUGAAAGCAAUUUUUUCCAACCAGCGGCUCCACGAUGACUACCAACACAAUUUCGUCUGCAACCUUUACAAUUAUGCGCAUGAUCAUACCAAUGUCUGA